AUAGCCUCCACUCCGCGCUACGAGUCAGUGGAAUCCAACGUUUGAGCCUCCAUCGGAAUAAAAUCAACUUAUAAGUUUAGCCUCCUACAACUCCACAAGUUACAGGAUAAAUAUAUUUUUUUUUCACUUUUUUUAGGAAUUCUCUUUUUUAAAGCUUUGACCUGAGAAAAGGAGAUGAUGCUGUGGGGCAUCUUUCUGUUUUUGAUGCUUUGGAGGUGUGAGGGCGCAAGAUUGGCAGAGGCUCGUGAUGACAACAGUGUUUAUGACUUAUUUGAUCUUGUGCGAGUGGAAAAGAGAAACAGUGGGGUGACUCUGGUCAAAGGUGCAGAUCCAUACAGCCCGGCCUACAAGAUCCUCAACGCAGACCUGAUCCCCCACGUACCAGAUAGCUCCUUUGGGGACCUCAUCGACUCCAUCCAAUUUGAGAGGGGCUUCAUCCUCCUGGUCAACCUGAAGCAAUCCAAGAGGAACCGAGGAAGCCUCCUGACAAUAGAGAAGAAAGACGGGUCCGGUCCGGUGUUUGAGAUCAUCUCCAACGGCAAAGCCAACACUUUGGACGUCUUCUACUCCACCGGCAACCACCAGCAGCUGGUGUCCAUUGAGGAAGCACGCCUGGCCACAGGGCACUGGAGGAACAUCACACUCUUCUUCCAGGAUGACCGCGUGCAGCUUUUUGUGGGCUGCGAGGAGAUCGACGUGUCCGAGAUGGACGAAACCAUCCAAAGAGUAUUGUCCCAGGAGCUGGCAGAUACCUCCAGGCUCAGGAUCGGGAAGGGAGCGGCCAGGGAAAAAUUUAUAGGAGUGCUACAGAAUGUGAGAUUUGUCUUUGGGACAUCUUUGGAGGCCAUCCUAAGAAAUAAGGGCUGCCAAAGUGGAGCCACUUUAAACGGUGUCCUCACUCUGGAAAACCCAGUGAACGGCUCUAGUCCAGCCAUUAGGACUGACUACACCGGCCACAAAACCAAAGAUAUGCAGUCUGUCUGUGGCCUCUCUUGCGAGGACAUCGCAGGCAUGUUCAAGGAGCUCCGGGAACUCGGCGUUGUGGUUACACAGCUGACCAACGAGCUGCGUCAAGUGUCUGAGUUCAGCGCCGAGAUUAAACAAAAAAUCAAAAACCACAAUGUGUGCAUCCACAACGGGAUCGUGCACAAAGACAAAGACGAAUGGACGGUGGACGACUGCACUGAGUGCACUUGCCAGAACUCGGCCACUGUGUGUCGAAAAAUCUCCUGUCCUCUGAUUCCCUGUGCCAAUGGCACUGUGCCAGAGGGAGAGUGCUGCCCACGUUGCGGAAAUCCAAGUGACUCUGCAGAAGACGACUGGUCUUCUUGGUCACAGUGGACUCAAUGCUCUGUGACAUGCGGUCGGGGGAUCCAGCAGCGUGGACGUUCCUGUGAUCGCAUCAACAGCAACUGUGAGGGCACCUCAGUCCAAACGCGAGACUGCUUUCCUCAGGAAUGCGACAAACGCUUCAAACAAGACGGAGGUUGGAGCCAUUGGUCUCCCUGGUCCUCAUGCUCUGUGACCUGCGGGGAGGGGUUAAUCACCCGCAUACGCCUCUGCAACUCCCCCACACCCCAGAUGGGAGGCAUGGAGUGCCAAGGAGAGGGACGGCAAACUGAAAUCUGCCACAAGUCACCUUGUCCUAUCAACGGAGGUUGGGGGCCUUGGUCACCAUGGGACACCUGUACAGUCACAUGUAAUGGAGGCAUCCGGACCCGCAAACGUCUCUGUUCUGAUCCUGUUCCCAAAUACGGAGGGAAGGAUUGCAUUGGGGAAGCCACCACGUCUCAAGUGUGCAACAAACAGGACUGUCCCAUUGACGGUUGCCUCUCCAAUCCAUGCUUCCCUGGCUCAAAGUGCACCAGCUUCCCAGACGGCUCAUUCAAGUGUGGCAAGUGUCCGAUCGGCUACAACGGAAACGGCGUUGCGUGCAAAGACAUCGACGAGUGCAAAGAGGUCCCAGAUGCUUGCCACACACAAAAUGGAGUUCAUCGCUGCGAGAACACAGAGCCAGGAUACAACUGCCUGCCAUGCCCAGCUCGCUACUCCGGUCCUCAGCCCUUCGGACGGGGAGUGGAGCAGGCUACUGCCAAGAAACAGGUUUGCAAACCACGCAACCCUUGCCAAGAUGGUAGCCACAACUGCAACAAAAACGCCAACUGCAUCUACUUGGGCAUCUUCUCUGAGUCCAUGUUCCGCUGUGAGUGCAGGCCAGGGUAUGCUGGGAAUGGGCAUAUCUGCGGAGAAGACACUGACCUGGAUGGAUGGCCUAACUCUGAACUGUUGUGUGUGGAGAAUGCAACCUACCACUGCAAAAAGGAUAACUGCCCCAACCUUCCCAACUCUGGUCAGGAAGAUCAUGACAAGGACGGCCGCGGUGAUGAAUGUGACCACGAUGAUGACAAUGAUGGUAUCCCUGAUGAUAGGGACAACUGCCCUCGAGUGUACAACCCCGCCCAGUAUGAUGCAGACAGGGAUGAUGUUGGCGACAGCUGUGACAACUGCGUGUUUGAGGCCAACACGGACCAGACGGACACUGAUAAUAACGGGGAGGGGGAUGCCUGUGCUGUGGACAUUGACGGUGAUGGCGUUCUGAACGAGCACGACAACUGCCCUUAUGUGUACAACGUAGAUCAGAGGGAUACAGACAGGGAUGGUGUGGGAGACCACUGUGAUAACUGCCCUCUGGAGCACAACCCUGAUCAGAUCGACUCGGACUCAGAUCUCGUGGGAGACAAGUGCGACAACAACCAGGACAUUGACGAGGAUGGCCACCAGAACAAUUUGGACAAUUGUCCCUAUAUAUCCAACGCCAACCAGGCGGACCAUGACAAGGAUGGCAAGGGCGAUGCCUGCGACCACGAUGACGACAAUGAUGGCAUUCCUGAUGACAAAGACAACUGCAGGCUGGCCUUUAAUCCUGAUCAGGUGGACACUGAUGGUGAUGGCCGAGGUGAUGUGUGCAAGGAUGAUUUCGACCAAGACAACGUCCUGGACAUUGAUGAUGUUUGCCCAGAGAACUUUGCCAUCAGUGAAACCGAUUUCCGAAGAUUCCAGAUGGUGCCUUUGGAUCCUAAAGGCACCUCCCAGAUUGAUCCCAACUGGGUGGUCAGACAUCAAGGCAAAGAGUUGGUACAGACUGUCAACUGUGACCCAGGCAUUGCUGUUGGUUUUGAUGAGUUCAGUGCUGUGGACUUCAGCGGAACAUUUUUUAUCAACACAGAUCGGGAUGACGACUAUGCUGGUUUUGUGUUCGGCUACCAGUCCAGCUCUCGAUUCUACACGGUCAUGUGGAAACAGAUCACACAGACCUACUGGUCUCAUACUCCCACUAGGGCUCAAGGCUACUCAGGCCUGUCCAUCAAAGUGGUUAAUUCCACCACCGGGCCUGGCGAGCACCUAAGGAAUGCCCUGUGGCACACAGGAGACACAGCAGGACAGGUACGUACUCUGUGGCACGACCCCAAAAACAUCGGCUGGAAAGACUUCACUGCCUACAGAUGGCACCUUAUCCACAGACCAAAAACUGGCCUUAUUAGAGUGGUUAUGUUCGAGGGUAAGAGAAUCAUGGCCGACUCUGGAAACAUCUACGAUAAAACCUAUGCUGGGGGGCGACUAGGCUUGUACGUCUUUUCUCAAGAGAUGGUUUACUUCUCCGACCUGAAAUAUGAAUGUAAAGAUGCGUAAUGCAAUGAAGUCAGGCUGAAAGAUAUCUCCCAGUUUUGAAGCGAUGCACAUUGGAAGAAGAAUGAGCAGUAGCGUGAGGUAACGUGACCUCAGGACUUUAAAACCAAAUGAAAGUUCAGUGAUAUUUCUGCACCAAUUGUGAGCGCAGCUCUGCUCGGAAGAAUCUGCCUCCCUUCUUCCCUUGAACGUGGGGGGCACAUUUAUUGCUUUGCACACCUGAACUUUGCUGGUAUCCCUCAGUGGAGAAAGGAUGAAAGGGAACAUUCCAUUAGUUUUCUUUUCAUCUUUGAGCAUUAAUGUACAUCUGCUGUGGACUCUUUUUUUUUGUAUGAAGAAAGCAGUACGAGAACUUUCUUUGGCUGGGGGACUACCUAAAGCCUCCCGAAAGGAGUCCUUGAGGGACUGUGGACAGUUUGGAGUGAAUGUUACGAUCAGAAAUAGCGAAUGUGAUUUGAGUGGACGUGCAUUUAUUUUAAAGGGUUUUUUUUCAGCACUUCUUUUAGUGUGACCCCUUUCAAACUUGCUGAUCUUUGUUAUUAAAGGUCUUCUACGUAUAUAAGGAUGGCUAUCUCAGGUUAAGAGCAUAAAAAGGAGAGCACAGGGCCCUAAAGUAAUUGCUUUAGAACAAAUUAUAUAUGAUAUUUAUGAAGAUAAUAAUAAAUGUGGCCAUAUUAAUAAAUACGUUGAAAUUUGGUUGAAAUAUUAUUGAUUAAUCAAGAGUGUACUACUUGGCAGAAAGCAGCAGAGGCACUUUAAGUCGGUCUCAACUCGUUUGCUGAAACAUGUCCGCUCUGGUAGAUUGAGUUACAUGCCCAAUGGAAACACGAGUUCAGAACGUUCCGAGACAAAACGAUAUUCCAAUUCCAUCCUUUUUCAGUCAAUCUUAAGAGAUUGAGUCAAACACCAAUCCCUACUUGUCAACAAGCUAUUUCCAAAUAUGUAUUUAAAAUUCCAAUUUAACUGACAAUUUGUGCACAAAAUGCAUACGUGGUGUGCCUGAGCUUGUGUGUGCAAAAAAAACAAAACAAAAUAUACAAAUAUUACCUCAUGACUUGUUUUUGCAUUGAGGCCAAUUCACUUUUCUUAGUCUAAAUCGGAUGGCAUCGAUUAGUUUUUGCCUUUUUGGGUAGCUUUUCCUUUUAGUCUUUUGGCAAAGACCAUACUCUCAAUCAUGUGCUGUAUAUAUACAUAAUAUUUUUAUAAGGGGGGGUUGGGGGGGGAGAGAAGUCCAAGCAGGAACAAUGAUGUUGUGCUAUAUGUAUUCUCCAGUGCCUUUUUUUUAAAUAAAUUAUUCUGCUGUUGAAGUUAUGAGAUUUGUGUAGAUAUAUGCUAUUUAAAUAAUUUAUCUAGAAGCCUCAUGGAAGCGUUUCUGUCUGUAUAAACUUAUUUGCACACUGAUGUCUUUUGUUUUUUUAAUGUCUUUGACGCUUUUCUAUAAAAAUAUUUGUGUAGUUUUUACCAAAAAAAACAAAACAUGUUUAUACUCCUAUUUGUUUUUAUUGUUGUUUUGUUUGGUUGAUAUGUCAAGUGAACAAUAAACGCUUACAAAAAAUA